UCAUUAUUCUCUCUACCGCUAUUCAUCCCGGGUCCCGUUUGCUCAUUGUUAUUCUGCCCGAGUGAGUGAAUGAGAGAGGGAGAAAGAGAGGGAUAGUGAGCGAGAGAGUGAACGGGACUGAGGACAUUGUGAGAGAAAAGGAGAGUGGUAAAAGAGAGACAGAGAACGGAAGAGACCUGAGGCUUCUAACGGUAGGGAGUUUGAUGCAGCGGUCGGGGUUUAUUCGCGGUGAAUUUUCUGUCCGGGGUGGUGCGUGAAGGCAUGUUGCUAAUCGGCUCAACAGUGAGUAGAGGUACAGAACCGCACCAAAAGUCUGACGCCGAUUUGUGUGAGUAAUAAUUAAAAAAGGGAGCGAGAGAGAGCGAAGGCGGGGGGAGAUUGAGAGUUAGUGCACUGCUGGGUGAAACAACCCCCCACUAACGAAGGGGGAAGCAAUAGAAGAAAAGGGAAAAAAGACAAAAGGCAAACGGCGUUUCGGUCAUCUGUUUUUUUUCCCAACAAUGAGCUCAGAAAAGGGGACCUCAGUCUGCUGUUGUAAAGCCUAAUACCCUCAGAUACAGGGGAGGAGACUACAAUACACAAACAUUCUGAAACACCAUGUCUCGUUCAGACGAGGUCAACAAGAUGACAGAAAACGUGUAUAAGGGGAUUCUGGACCAGUUCAACCCCAGUCUGAAGAACUUUGUGACCAUGGGGAAACACUAUGAGAAAGCCCUGACAGGAGUGACGGUAGCAGCCAAGGGAUACUUCGAUGGUCUGGUCAAACUGGGAGAACUGGCCAGCGACAGCCAAGGGUCCAAAGAACUGGGAGACACGUUAUUCCAGAUGGCCGAGGUGCACAGGCAGAUUCAGGUUCAACUGGAGGACGUGUUGAAGCUGUUCCAUUCUGAGCUGCUGUCCCAGUUGGAGCAAAAGCUGGAGUUGGACAUUAAAUAUCUUACCGCCACGUUGAAGAAAUAUCAGAGUGAGCGCAAGUCGAAGUCUGAAUCUAUCGAGUGCUGCCAAUCACAGCUCAAGAAGCUGCGCAGGAAGAGCCAGGGCAGUCGCCACCCCAACAAGUAUGGAGAUAGGGAGAUGCAGUAUGUGGAGCUAAUGAGUCGUCGUCAGGCUGAGCUGGACACGCUGGUUGCUGUUGGUUACCGCUCGGCGCUGACGGAGGAGAGGAGACGAUACUGCUUCCUUGUGGACCGCCAGUGUUCAGUCACCAAGCUGCUCAUCAACUACCACUGCAAGGUGAGAGAGCUCCUGUCACAGAAGCUGUCCUCAUGGCAACAGUCAUGCUCCCAGCCAACCAGACUACCUGAACGGGCGCUCAACCUGCUGCGUCACACCGCCCCUCAGGGCUCUGGGGCAUCUGGGAUAGCUGAGCUCCUCCGACAUGCCAAGCUGGGCGCUGCACAGCCAGAACAGAGGCUGUCAGUACAGGAGGUGCCUCCCUUGUUGAAUGGUGGCUCCAAGCAGCAGAGACCCAUCCCCUCUUCUUCCCAGAGUGACAUCCCCCCUCCCCAACAUUCCCCCGGACCCCAGCCCUUCUGCUCCCUCGCUGCCACUGGAGGGGCUAUUGGAGGGAGUGGGGCAGGCUCCCCUCAGCAGACCAGCACACCUAUUAGUGCCUCAGCUAGCCCCAAUGCUAACAACAACACAAGUGCUAAUGCUAUCACUACUGCUAACACUCCCACCACUUCAUCCACCUCCUCCACGGUUGGCUCCAGCCAAGCCCAGCAGACCUCUCUUCUCCUGGCCACCAGCACCUCCAGCCUUUCUCCUAGUCUGAUCCCCUCCACUGUGCUUUCUCUCAGCCAGGGUUCCCCAUCCUACUCCUCCCUACAGGGCCUGGCCCUGCCGUUGUCCCUCGGUGCCCCUCACAGUCCUCCACUACCCCACAGUGCACCUCUCUCCAGAGCCAUAACCCCCUCGCUGCAUCACCAGGGAGUGCUAGGAGGAGGGAACAAACCAUUGCGGUCCCAUAAUCCCAUGCUGAUGAAGGCAGCAGAGAUGUAUGGAACGUCUACACUGCCGUUGCCAAGGAAACCAGUCAGUGAGGCCCGGGUGGGAGGGUUUAUGGGUUCCACUCUGCCCAGAGACAGAGUUCUCCCUCUCUCCAGCCCGUCUCGUGUGGAAGCCAUAUUUGCCCACGCUCCUGUGGGUUCAGAGGGCAGUGGAGUGGGCGGGGCCUGCUUACUUCACUUCCUGCCAGGCGACGCUCUCAGCCUCCUCAUCUCUGAGCCCAGAGAUGGGUGGCACUAUGGCCAGAACGAACGGACGGGACGGAAAGGCUGGUUCCCUUUCUCCUACACUCAACCCUACCCCAACACCUUGGAUCCCCUCGACAGCAGCUCCCCGCUCCUCUCUAAGGUCAACAGUACCAGUACGGGUCAGUUAGACAAGCUGGUCUCCCCUGGCCUGCCUGCCCUGACCCCUGAGUCUGAGGAGGAGCGCUCGUUCCCCCCUCAGAGGGUCAGCACCUUCCGCCCACGCCCAUACAGCAUGGCCGACUCCAACCAGGUCAGCCUGAGGCCGAAGGUCAGAGGUGAAGGGGUAGAGUGGGCAGGGCCCCCUGACCGACCGGCUCUGUCAAUGCUGAUGCAAGAGCUCUCCGCAGACUUCACCUCUCCUCCACCCUCCCCAACCUGGACCAACCCAUUUGCCCAUGUCCGGCUCAGAAAGACGGUGACCAACGAUCGCUCUGCACCCAUCAUCGAAUAGAACAUGGUCUCCUUGAACAGGCAUCCAAUGGAGAGGUGUUAAUAGGAAACAUUCAUGUGUUUUGAAUUUGUUCUCAGAGUCCAGUAAUUGUGUUGGUUGAGUUCUCAACUGUUGAGCCUUAAGAGAAAGCCUUAAGGAAACCUUUCUGUUCAUGUUGGUUAUUUACAAGUGCUGAUUAGAUGUGUAUUAAUCAGGCCUAAGUCAAAAUACAGACACUUAUGUUGUGUUAUUUUGAAGAUAGAAGAAUCAAAGCUGAAAUUUGAGUGACAACAUUAAUUGUCAAAGACCCUUUGGACAAAAUGAGAACUUGAAUAAAAAUCCACCAUAGUAUUUGAGAAUUAUAGAGUAAAAAGAUGAGUGUGAGUUGGAAUUUGAAAAGCUCUGUGAUGUUAGUAAAAACACAAACAGAUGAGGGACAUUUUGUCGGAAUGUCCAACAUUAACAUUUGAGCCCUGGGCAUUACUGAUCAUUUUAGAAUGUUCUUUUCAUUUUACAACACUUUUCUAGAAGUAACCUUGGUAGAAAAUGUUUAUGUUUUUUUGUCUGUACCCUUUCAGGGACUGGUUCCUGGUAGCCGCCUGUAGUUGGGUAAUAGUUUAAUGAAUUAUAGCAUACCUUACUUGUACCAUUAGGAAUUGUCUUAAAGGACAGGCUCCUGUUUUAUCAGUAUUUUCAUUGAGGAGGAUUUUUUGUGCAGAGAUAUGUGUGUAGGAUCCAGGAAAAUACAAACAUGUUGAAGAAUUGUCAUAAAAUGUUUUUCAUUGUUGGGAUUCAAUAAGAGUAUGUUUAAACACAUUGUUAGCUAGGCAGAUGUAGUUCCACGAUAGAUGCAGACCUACCAAUCACUUUGUACAACUUAAUUUACAUGUUCUCUGUAUGAAGAUUUAAAUUGAUGUUGCUUACUGAUGUCAUCAGCAAAAUGCUGGGUAGGAAUAAGUUUAAACACCAAUAUUUUUUAAAUAAUUUGUUUUAAUGUGCGGUAGGAUUUGUAUAAGGAAUUAUAUUUUUAAGAUCAACUGAUCAAUUUACAAAGGCAAUUGAUAUGAUAUGUUAUACACAGAAAUAUGUUGCAUUGCAAAGCUAUUGCUGCUAUGUGUAGAUUGUAAGGAGCGUUUACCUUCAAGAGUCUCUGUUAUCGACAGAAACGUAUUAAUAGAAGUAAGAAGGAGCAACCGUACAGAUGUAGGAUCUUUAUUUGAUCACUCUUUUGUUGAUGAGAAUGUCCCUGCGUAGCAGGAAAUGCAAACCUGUAGUGUAUUUUAGUUUUAAAAAGGCUUCUAAAGUGUGUCUAUCAACCCCUACAAAAAUGUAGAUUAAUUUACAUUUAUUGUUGCUGCAGGAUUAUUUUCCUGCAACUGGCUAAAAUGAAGAUCUUACAUCUGUAACAAUGCAUCCCUGUGGGGUGAACUGUACUUCUAUUUGUAUUGGACAGGUAGAAGAGGAAAGAAACAGUGGAGGGUUUGGAGGAUGGGUUUUCCUGGACAGUAGGUUUGAGAAAUUGGCAUUGUGUUGAGGGAUAAAAGUAUAAGAAAAGAGAUGGAUUCAGCUGGUUUGUUUUUACUAGUGUCUUCUCGAUUGAUUUAGAAUUCGACUCCAACAGAUUGUUCACAUCUAGCAGAUUUUAGCUGCACGUUUACCAAUUGCAAACCGUACAGAACCUUAUUUAAAGGGCGAAGACUGAUUGUGUUUAUGAAGUCUAACUUUGAAAGUGUUGAGGAAAGUAUUUGGAAAGUGGAACAGUGUGUGAGCAAGUGUCAAUGGUAAACUAGAUGUAGAAAGUAGUAUUUUUCUCUCACUUUCUCCAUGUCUGGUGUCUCUCUAGACUGUCAUCUGGUAACUCGCUAGUGUCUCUUUCAUCUAGAAAACUGCAGUUGAGAGAUUCAGGGUGGAAAUAUGUGGCUGGGAAAAUGGAGUUUCUCCGUAUGAUCUUUAUUCUGAUUUCCGGCCCUUACAGUGUAUAGUUCCUUCUCUCCUCAUGCUUCUGUAUCGUAUUAACUUGCAUCUCUAACCUAGCCUGUGAAAUGAGGGACUUUCUUGCUAUGGUAAUUAUAACACACAAUAAAAAAAACAUUGAUGUUGAUUUAAAUACUGAGUAUAGUGGAAUCACAUAAUUGAAGUUUACUUAUGUUUGUACAAAUUGCACACAAAAAAAACGUUUUUGAUCUUGUUUAACUUUGUUAUUCCUUAACCUUGCACCUUUUCACCGUCCUAACCUCCUUCAAAAUAUGACCUUUCAGCGUCAAUCUAGCUAUAUGAGAAUGGGAUCCAGUUGUAAAAGGCAAAAGAAAAAUUAUGCUGUGGUGACUAUUCAGGAUCUUAUAUUCCGGAUGCCUCUGUUAGUAGGAUUGUCUUAAAUACGUGUUUAAGAACGAAACAAUUGCCUCUGCCACUACUUUUAUUUCCAUCUUUUAAUUUGUUUUGUUAUAUCAUUGUUUUGUUACUUCAUCUGUAGCUUUUUUCUCUUUAAAACAGCAUUGCCUUUCCGAGACACACACCAAUCAUUGUCACAGUAUAAAACCUUACAAAUACACACACA